AUGCUAAUAAUAAUGAUCAUUAUUUAUAGGGUAAAUGGGGCAAUAAUCCAAGGGUUUGAGGAUGAUGUUGGGACAAAGACGUCUUUCUACGGCUUCACCACCAACUCUCUCAAGAACUCAUUAAUUGGUUAUUACCAAGACGGCUUCGACAAAGUGCCACGUGAUCCGGGCACUGGGUAUAUUUUUAUCCCUGCCGAAACUCCAGACUAUGUGAUGCUGGCAGCUGCCAUCCAGGGUGUGUCUGUACCCUCGGGACCUGAUAAAGGUGACAGGCCCUCAGAACUUUUUGGAUAUAAUACUGAAACACAUCAGUUCAAGAUGAUCCAUCCAUCCUUCAUUCAAUAUGUGACUCAAAGGUUCCUAAAAUCUCCACAGCUGGAGCAAUAUAGAGAUUUGAACAUGCCCAGCAUGGGUGCACUGAUGCUUUUGAUUGCUUUACACUUGUGCCCUCAGGUCUCUGCAUAUGACUUUAUCACAGAAAAUUACAAAGACUUCUCAGACCAUUACUAUGACAAGGUGAUGAAGCCGCUGGUCUUCUAUGCUAACCAUGACAUGGAGAUGGAGGGACGUCUGUGGAAGCAGCUGCACUCUCAAAAAGUCUUGUGGCUAUAUCAGAGGCAAAAAAGGACAUGA